UCGAACCACUUCACUGAAGAUGAACUCGAGCCUGUCUGGAUUGCGCGACUCUGCCCCUCUGUGUUAUAGUUCUCUGAAUAACUCAUGUCCUCGGACCGUGUACCUGCUCCCUGUGCGCCUUUGUCUCUACUUCCUCUUCACCACCAUCGCCAUCCUCACUGUGAGCGGAAACCUGCUAGUUAUCUUUGUCAUCUUACUUUCCCAGAAUCCCCUUCUGGCAGAAACCAAUCAUCUGAUUCUGUCUCUGUCUGUGGCUGGGGUUCUGAUCGGAGGAUUCGUGAUGCCGCACAGCAUGGUGCGCUCCAUCGAAACCUGCUGGUACUUUGGCGUGUUUUUCUGUGAAUUUCACACCACCGUCGAUAUUGUCCUGUGUAACACCACCAUUUGGCACCUUACCUUCAUCUCUGUUGAUCGUUACUUGGCCAUCUUUCAUCCUAUGCGCUACCGAAACCUGAUGACCAACAAAACUAGUGCGACCAUGAUAAGUUCCAGUUGGGGUCUGGCAUUAGUGUUUGGCUUUGCCAUUGUCAUUUCAAAUCCGGAAGUCAAGAUCAUGGAUGCUUCUUACAAAUCAUGUGUGGGAGGAUGUUUUUCUUUGCAUGCCAGAGAAAUCGGGGUGGAAUAUUCCAUCAUCUUCUACUUUAUCCCUGUAUGUGUCAUAAUCACUGUCUAUAGCAGGAUAUUUUUUGUGGCACAAAGACACGCCAGAGUGAUUCAUAGCUCCAAUAAAGGCCCAAAACAUUCCGUGCCUUUCACAGCUAAAGAUCUCAAAGCAACCAAAACCCUUGUUGUAGUUGUUGGAACCUUUCUUUUUUGCUGGACGCCAUUUUUUAUGUGCAAUAUAAUCGACCCACUAAUAGGCCAUUCGAUCGACAGUGUUUUGUACGAAUCUCUUAUGUGGGUUGCGUACUUAAAUGCAAUGCUUAAUCCUUUAAUAUAUGUGUUUUUUUAUAGCUGGUUCAGAAAAACAGCAAAGGUCCUGCUGAGCAAGCUGUUCAUGCAGAUGUAACGUGAGUGUAGAUGUAGCA